CAGGUGCUUCAACUGCUAGCAACGCAUGCUGCAGCUGCAUCUUGAAUUCUUUAGCAGUUUAGCCUCACCCUCUCUGCACAAAUGACUCAGGAUUUCUGGGUCAAAGAUGGUUUCAUUUUAUUUAAUGGUCAUCACAUAUAAAGUUGAAUUAAAAAGGAGGGAGACAGUUGCCUUAAAAGUGUAAACUGAGAGGGGGAGGACAAUUACAGCAGGUAGAAAACAAUUGACUCGCCUUCUUAUCUUAUGUUGUUGGCUUUCAAUGCUAGUCCAUCAACCCCAACCAAACCGAACCCUAGCCUUAUCUUAUGCUGUUCGGGCUGUUGCAUUGCAUGUGGCGUCAUAUUAAUAUUGUAUUAUUGUUAUUGUUGUUGUAUACUCACGACACAGACAGACACCGUCCAUCCAUCAGCAAUUCAAUAUCAUCGUCGUCUAUCAUGUACAACAACAACAAUAAUAACAAGAACUCCUUCUCCUCCGACCACAAUUAUGUGGUUGGUAACAUGAGUCCCCGAAUCUCGUUUUCGAAUGACUUCGUGGAAUCUCAUUCUCGUCUCGUCAACAACAUGGCCAAUCUUCAUCCUCCGCCCCCGCCUCCCGUCUCGUCCGACUUUGAGUUCUCGGUGUCUAAUCAUUCCAUGAUGAGUGCCGAUGAGCUCUUCUCAAAGGGGAGGUUGUUGCCGUUCAAGAACAGCAGUCAGCAGAAGACGGUGAGUACGCUGAGAGAAGAGCUUCUUACGAGUGGCGAAGAUGAUAAUGUGGCGGCUAGUUCUAGUGGCAAGCCACCCAAGAGUGGCCGCUGGAAGGGGCUUCUGGGCUUGAGAAAAUCUCAUGCUACCUCCAAAAAGCAGCCUGAUAAUCAUCAUCAUAAUAGAUCUGCUUUUGACAACUCCCAGAACUUCACUGGAAAUUCAGAAUAAGGUGAAGAUAAAAUUGGGGAGAUGGAAAUGUAGCAUAAGAAAUUGUAAAGGCGUUCCUGGGGGAGGGUAAUUUUGUAUCAUUUUGAACAAGGAAUUAGCUAGAUUAGUAUUAUAGGAUAUUAUGAUAUGACUUUUUUGUUUACCACUAAUUUUAAUUACUGACCCUGUUUUCAGGCAAGUAAUUGGUAGAGCUAGCUAAUUAAGGUCUGCUUGUUUGUAUGAGAAGGUGAUUUAUUGAAUUUAAAAUUUAUUUCUAGCUUUUUCACUUCA